AUGAGAAGCAGCAAGGAAUUAAUUGUUUCAGCAGCAAUAAGCUCGUGUAUUGCAUUAUUGUUUUGCAUUGUGCUUACCCAAGCUAACCAUGUGGUCACAAAGCCACCACCUCCAAAACCAAAACAUGUAGAUUCUUACGGAGAUCAUCAAAAAUAUUGUUACAGGAAAUGUGUUCGAUAUGACUCCAUUAAGGGUGAAUGUUCAACCUAUGAUUGGGAAGGAACGACCAAACGUUGUGUUCAAUACAAGACCGUUGGUAAAGGACGUUGUAUUGAGUACAAACGUCGUGAGAAAUGUUUGAAAUGGGAAGGUCCAAGCACCAUCUGUGUUGCUCACGGUACAAGACCAGAGUGUGCCAAGUCUGAGAAACUCACGACCUGUGUCCAGGAAGACUUUAGAAAGAGUUGCAAGAAGAAAGGAUACAACGGUUUGUGUAGUGAAUGGGCAUUCCGUGAAAUUUGUGUCGACAGUUAUGCUCAAGCCAAUAAGAAGCCAGAUCCAUAUGCCCGAUGUGACUUGUAUUCAUACAUUCCCAAAUUGAAAUGCUACCAUAAGAGAAGAUGUGCUCAUUAUAAGGUUGACUCAUAUUGUGUCAAGCAUCACAACAAAUGCCGAAAGGAAUGCAAGUAUGUUGAAGUCAAGACUCAAGAUUUGUACGUUCCUCACAAUGCUGUGAAGGUUCCAAAGGGUAAGCCAGAUCCAUAUGCUCCACCAAAGGUUUUCAAGAAGGUCUGUUUCAAGAAAUGUCACCGAAUUUGUUCUGAAUUCUCCAAGAGAAGUACCUGUGACAAGUAUGAAAACGUUAAAUUCUGUAAGAAGACUGGUUAUAUUCAAUACUGUGCUCAACCAGCCUCAUCUGGAGAUGGUUAUGUUCAAAAACCUGAUAACUACAAUCCACCACCAUGCAAAAACAAGAAGAAGAUCAAGUACUGUAUCAGAUGGAAGAAGGAACGACAAUGUGAUGAAUACAGAAAGGUCCGUGUUUGUCUCAAGAGAAAGACCUUGUACUAUUGCGCUUCUUACAAAUUCACUCCAUUCUGUACUCAAUACGAACAUCUUCCAAAACGUUGUGUAAAGAAGAGACACAGCAAGAAAUGUAUCAACAAAUCCAAAGGUCAAAGAGUCUGUUGCAAGUAUGCUCUAGAGGGUGGUAAGCAAGUGUGUCGCGCCAAAGCCUCCAUCACCAAAUGUGCUGAAUUUAAGACCAUUUGUCAUAAGGUUCAGGAAGACAACAACGAUACUGUUCCUGUCCGAGGUUUUGGAAAGAAGAAGAAGAAGAAACAUCACUACCACAAGAAGAAGGCUCAUCCUACAAAGAAGCAUUAG